AUGUCACUCAAACCCGCGACCCCGUUAACCAUACUUCUUCUGGUCGCCUUUGUCCUUCUUCUUCUCUCCGUGAUAUCGACGCCUAUCGUCAAGAAUAUUCCACUGGCAACAUUUGACAAUGUUGAAUAUGGUGUCUUUGGCUACUGCAAAUCAGGCAAAUGCACCGCGAUCCAUGUUGGAUAUACCACAGAGGAAAUUAAGAACACUGGGAGCACCGAUGGCGACUUCAAUCUCCCUUCGGAUGCUCGAAAAUCCCUUUCCUCCAUCCUUAUCGUGCAUCCGAUCGCUGCCUUUCUCACUCUGAUAUGCCUUUGCCUCGCUGCUGCUGCUCAUUUCCAUGCCCCGUCGCAUUCUCCCCGCUAUCUUCUCGCCUUGUUAAUUUUACUCCUCCCGACUCUUCUUGUUUCGCUGCUUGCCUUCCUGGUCGAUAUACUGCUAUUUGUGCCGCAUUUGUCAUGGGGCGGUUGGAUCGUUCUCGCCGCAACAAUCAUCUUGGUCACAUGUGGUGUCGUUACCUGCGCAAUGCGCCGAACUCUGGUUAGUCGCAAGGCUCGCAAAAGGCGCAUCGCGGAGAAUGCCGAAAUGAGUGGACAAAACUACUACAAUCGCCAAAAUGCAGCAGCAGCCGCUCUAAAUGACCCCAAGCCGAUGGUACCGGAAGCAAAAGAGACUUUCGUCACUGCGGCCCAGAGUCCAGAUUCCUCUGGCCCUACGUUUGCCACCUUCCGCACCAACACCCGGGAAAGUGACGAUGAUCGUACGCCUUUGAACAAUGAAAACGACCGCAUUGUUCAGGACAGCACGUACCCAGUGCGUUAUAAUACCCCUCGAAAUGACUUUGGCAAUCCUUUACCGCCAGCGGCAUACAAUUCGGCGUCUAGAACGCGUACACCUGGCCCUCCAGACUCUAGAAUGCGCGAUCCAUAUUCGGAUUCUCGAAGAGUUCCGCCUCCAGGCUUUGCCUCCCGUGGCCGUGGUGGGUAUCCACCCCGCGGAGGCUAUGGACGUGGCGGACCUUAUGGAGGCCCUUACGGGCCUAAUUCCCGUGGCCCUCCUCCUGGAAGAGGUGGUCCUAUAGGCCGCGGAGGUCCUCCAGUACCGAUGGGACGUGGAGGGUACCGACCACCACCCCCAGCAGGCGGAUAUGGUCCGGGUGCACACCCAAUAGUUGAAGAUGAAUACAGCUAUCGCGGACCAUCGCCUCGCCAACUAUCCCCAGGCCCACCCGGCCAGGCCAUUGAGAUGAUGCCCCAGCCGCGGCGUGAAUCCGGCCCUCUGGAGGACAUGCCUGGUCCCAAUCAUGUACAUGCUAUUUCGACCGACAAUCAAGAGGAACCUAUCAGCCCCUCAGUUUACAGCCGGACAGCGUCGUACGUUCCGCCUCGAACAAACUGGACACCGCACGCGUACCAAGCCGAGCCAACUCUACCAUUCCAACCCAACCCGCCGGUUCAGCCACGCCAUAUCCGUUCCAAUUCAGGUAGUUUGUAUUACGAAGAUGAAGACCCCGUGUAUACGAGUCAAAACGAGUCGGCAGUUGGCAACCCACGGUUGCCUUCUGCGUUGACACCAGGCAAUACUGGUGAGCAAAAGUCGAAGGAAAAUGAGGUGGAACGUCCCAGCUCACCUGCUGCUAGCGAAGUAAGCCAUUUCACAUCAAUCUCCGAGCGGCCAAUCAACCCAAAGUGGCGACCGCCGCCUAUGCCGGCGCAAGCUGUCCAGCAGAAACGCGACGUCUUGCUCGAGAACAACCCCGAUUUUGAUCUCCGAGCCGGCAUGGGAGCAGGCGGCCGCAUGCCACCACUACCGAGCGCAAACAAUUCGAGAUACCCAAUUCCUUGA